CCUAGUGGGCUGGCCCCGUACGGGAGACACAGCGAGCAAUAUGACUAAAAAGAAGCGGGAGAAUCUUGGUGUCGCUCAGGAGAUUGAUAGGCUAGAGGAGAAGCUAUCUCAGUGUCGGAAAGACCUGGAGGCUGUGACUUCCCAGCUCUACAGGGCGGAGCUGAGUCCUGAGGACAGGAGGUCUCUGGAGAAGGAGAAAACCACCCUCAUGAGCAAGGCCUCCAAGUAUGAGAAGGAGCUAAAGCUGCUUCGGCAAGAGAAUCGGAAGAACAUGCUUCUCUCGGUGGCCAUCUUCAUACUCCUGGCCCUGCUCUAUGCCCACUGGACUAUGAAGGAAGCCAGACAUUUGGAAGAGUGUGUCAGGAAAUACCAAGGACAAGACACUGUGAUCCUAGCACUUGAGAUGAUCACAGAGGCAGAGGAUAACAAGUUCCACCCAGCCAAGGCUACACAGAGCAGGCAAACUGAGACUUUUUGGAGAGAAAACAAAUCAUUCACCAGAAAAAGAAGAAAAAAGAAAAGCCUAAUUGGAUUUUAUUAUCAAAAUUUAAAAAUCUGAGAUACCCAACCUGGAAAGGAAAUUAAAUGAUCUCACUUCACAGAUGACAUGCCAACGGAACAAGUUAGGAAGCCGAAAAAUAAAUACUCAUUUACUAUUGUUUAUUAGCAUUGCUAAUGAAACAGCAAACGAUUUUUGGAAAGUGUGCCAAGACCAUUUAAUAGAGAAAGGACGGUCUUAGAAAAUCUGAAAGAACAAAAAAACAACGAAGUGGGACCAUUAGUUACUGCCAUAUCCAAAAAAUAAUUUAAAAUAGAGCACUUCAACACGUGGGCUGAACUUAUAAUAUCUGACAAGAAGACAGAUAGGAAGCCUCACAACCACAGGUGCAGUAAGAAAUGAAAAAGCAGGCCACACUGGUGUUAAAAACUUCUGUUUCAAGGACAUAAUACAGUGAAAAUACAGAGCAGGAGACAAUACUCACAUCCAAGCCUAGUAAGAGAUUAAUGUCUAAAACACAAACACAGCCCUUUAACUCAAUAGCAAAAAAACACUUCAAAAAAACGUCUGAAAAGGAGAAAUGACCAGAGACAUGGCUCAGCAGUUAAGAAUGCACACUUGGGGGCUCAGAGGUUAAGAGCACUCGGUGCUCUUCCAGAGGUCCUGAGUUCAAUUCCCAGCAAGUACAUGGUGGCUCACAACCACCUAUAAUGAGAUCUCGUGCCCUCUGCUGGUGUGCAGGUGUACAUGCAGGCAGAACACUGUAUACAUAGUAAAUAAAUCUUAAAAAAAGAAAAAAGAGAAAGAGUGCACACUACAGCGACUGGGAGUGGCACGAGCUUUAGCCGAGCACUUGGAAGGCAGAGGCAGAGGCAGAGGCAGAGGCAGAGGCAGAGGCAGGCAGAUCUCUGAGUUAGAGGCCAGCCUGGGCUGACCUUGUCUGGAGACAAAACAAAACCACGCUGCUUUUGCAGAGACCCAGGCUCGGCUCCCAGCACCCAUGAAGUGGCUCACAGCCUGUAACUCCAGCCCACAGCCUCUCCUACCAUCAGUCUCCGGUUCCUGUGGGCAGGGCUAUAGAGCCAGGGACCCACCUGCCACUUCUGGGACAGGACAUGCUUAAUAGAUCAGGGCUGGGCUGGAGAGGUGGCUCAGAGGUUAAGAGCACUGGCUGUUCUUCCAGAGGCUAUGAGUUCAAUUCCCUGCAACCACAUGGUCACUCACAACCAUCUAUAAUGAAAUCUGAUGCCCUCUUCUGGCAUACAUACAUGCAGACAGAACACUCUGUACAUAAUAAAUAAAUCUUAAAAAAAAAAAAAAUCAGGGCAACCAAAAAGUAGCCUGAAGUCCUAGAAUGUCUAGAACCAACAGAGCAAACACAGAUGACAAAAUGUUCGAAAGCCAGGAGGUCACCAGUCCUUCAUCCUCUAGGCUUCCUUAGUAACCCAUCAACACCAGCAGACACAGGCAGGCAGUCAGCUUACCUCUCAUUAGACCGUAUCAUGUAGUCAUUAAAUUCAUGGUCUCCUUUGAUCACCAUCAAGGGAACUACCAGGUUGACAUCAGACUCAGUGUUCCGAAGCUGGUUGAGUUUAAUAUUCACAGAAAAGAGGUAGUCCCGCACGUCCUCUAUGCCCACCUUCAGACCUUUGCACACCACAUACCUGCAGGAGACACCCUGUCACUCCAAGGAGCAGGAACCUUUUCCCUACACCUUCACCCCACUGCUGUAGAGCCACAAAGCUAAACAGCCUUUCUACUCAACCUUAAGCCUGGACUCAAAGGGCAACAUAUCAUGUGUGCCUUAAAAACUGCUACCUCAUGUCCUUCCUUUUCAUAGGAAUUGGUAGCAAAUGCCUUUAAUCCCACUUGGGAGGCACAGGCAAUCAGGUUGUUUGAGUUCAAGGCCAGUCUAGUCUAUGUAGUAAAUUCUGGGCUCGUCAGGGCUAUUUACUAUAAAACCCUGUCUCAAAAUAAAAUAUUUAAAUCCCUUAUCUGAGACCGUUUCUACUUUUAUGGGGUAGGGGUGUUCCCAACUGCCCUACACCAGUAAGACACAACUUGGAGAGGCUGUCAAUUGUAGACGCUCCACAGAAAUCUGCACUUUAACAGGCUACCUGACAACUCUAAUUGGCCUUGUUUUUCUCUGACCUCGUGUGUGGGCACCUGGAUGCCUACAGCACCUCUGUAUGGUGGCCUCCCUGCCUAUUCCCAGCCUAUACUUCCCGAGUGUCUUCUUAAUAGUCACACUCUUUCUAUUAACAGGAGAACCCCAUACAGAAAUUUGGUAAACCCAGCUGUGGAGGGGGCAGUCCGAACAACCUGGGGACGACCACUCAGACAAGGAUCCCAAUUCUCGAGAAUCACAUUUCCAAAGUCAAGGUUUUUAACACAGUUUGAGAAUUCAUGCCAGACAGAAGCACAGGGUUUUCUGCUGACUUCUGACCAACCAGCUGGCAGAGAGGAAGGCCUUACCGCUCUGAGUUGGCAGGCCUGCUGGUGAUGGGUUUGAAGAGACACACACGCUCAAAGCAGCAGUAUAGCAGGUAGAUGAGCCCCACACUGAAGGGUGUGAAGAGGUCAAAGGUUUUGCAGAUGAAGUGGCCCCCUGUAUUGAAAAGAAAAUGCUCAGGGCAAUCAGGGGCUACUCCAGGAUGUGGGGGAGGUCACUUGAGCCAGAAAAGAUGACUGAAACUGGUCCAUACAAGUUCAAGACAAUUUAUGAGGCAACCAGCUUCAGAAAAUGUUUUGGGGAUCCUCUUGUCUUUUCUUCCCUGUAUUCUUCAUCUAGCCACAAGCCACCUGAUACAAGAGUUUCUUUCUCCUUCUUUCCUUCCAUUUCUUAACCAAUCCCUAUAUACAUGCUCCCGUCAAAUGGGACCUCAGUGGAUCCUUGGGGAAGAGAAAACUGAGGAAGCAUCACCUGUCCGGACAACAGACAGUGCCAUGAGGAACUGGCAGAGCAGGAGCUGCUUGCUGAGGAUCUCCUGCAGGUUUUCCUGCCCCUCCACAGAGAAACCCUGAAAGGAGAGCACAGGAUGGGAGAGAAAUGAUAAGGACAGAGAAUCACACUCCUACCUCAUUUUCACCAGGAGCUCUUGGUACUGUCAGACAGCCACCAUCUGACUGGUGAGCAUUUCAAUUUCUUUGUCAAAGUAAUAUGGUGAGUUACUACUGGAUUUGAGCUACCUCCUGCUUUAUCAUUCCUAAACCACAGGACCAAGUCUGCUUUUCCAAAGAAAUGGUCCAGAAAACUAAAAUUCACACGCGAAUCCAGGGACAAGUAAGGCAGAAGAGGCAAAGUACUGACUCAUCACUGGUCAAAUACAAGAUAGAAAACAUUUAAUUGCUAAGAAGAGCAGGAGCACACAUCAGGAGGUAUUCUGCUGGGCUCUGCCACUGCACUGCACUGACUGCUGAAGGCCCUAGGCCUGAGAAAGAGAAUUUCCAGACAAGGAUUUACUUACAGUACCCACUGAGCCCUGAGCUGUGGAGCCCCUUCCUUCCAGAUGGUACAUUCUGAGGAAUGCAUGCUCCAAGAAUGCAUGCUGCAAUCUCUAGAGCAUCUCCCUUCAUCAAAGAGCUGCCAGUCAUGAACCAUGCUUAUACCCAAGUAAAGGACACAGGCAAUGGGAGAAAAGGACUGGUCUUAAGGAGUACCAUUUCAGCUUUACAAAAUGAGAAAGUUCUAGAAAUCAGUCACACAACAGAGUGAAUAGACAAACACUACUAGGCUGUCCACAUAGCACAAACUGUGCCGCAUAUUAUGAUUAUACAGCAGAGGGGAGAGCACCAGCUUCUGUUAAGCUGCCCCCACAGGCCAGAUCUCAUGAUGCAGCCCUAUAAAAGUAAUGUUUACUAUUGUCUCCCAGACUUAAAGAUGCUUCUCAAAAUGCAUGUUUGUCAUAGAGCUAAUUAGGAAUUCAAAAACAGGGGCUGGAGAGAUGGCUCAGAGGUUAAGAGCACUGGCUGCUCUUCCAGACAUCAUGAGUUCAAUUCCCAGCAACCACAUGGUGGUUCACAACCAUCUAUAAUGAGCUCUGGUGCCCUCUUCUGGCCUGCAGGUCUACAGACAGACAGAACAUUGUAUAAAUAAUAAAUAAAUAAAUCUUAAAAAAAAAAA